AUGACCGCCACUGUCCUUUGUCAAUCGGAACCUGUUACCAGCGUUCCAGGCAAAGAGGAUGAGGCGGACUUGACCUCUCCUUUUAUAGCUAAGAGUUGUGAAGAGCUGACAACUUUAAAGAUGAUCGCACUGUGUCUGAUAUUUCCACUUCUCGUAGAGAUGGUUCAUGGGGUUGCUGGGACUGGAUCCUCAUCCAUACGUCAGGAGAGUGGUCUCAUAUCAGCCAAAAUUGGAGACACUGUGAUUUUGCGUUGCUUCUAUGAAGGCGACAUGGCCAUGCAUUUCUCCUGGUACAAGCAAACGUUGGGAGAUAAACUUCAGCUCUUCUCAACCGUCCAUUAUAAGUUUGACAGGAACGCAACAUUCUACAAUGAGUUUAAGGAUAACCAUCGCUUCUCAGUGGAAAACGGCCCAAAAAAGAAUCACCUAAGGAUCUCAGACAUGCAACUCUCUGAUUCCGCCACUUACUACUGUGGAAAUGCUUAUACCAACAAGGUGGAGUUUGGAAAAGGAGCAAUUCUCAUUGUAAAAGGUUCAGGGUCCAGAAACAUGCCUAUACUCCAGCAAUCUGUGUCUGAGUCAGUCCAGCCAGCAGACUCUGUGACUCUGAACUGUACAAUACACACUGAGACAUGUGCAGGAGAACACAGUGUCUAUUGGUUCAGACAUGGCUCAGGAGAAUCCCAUCCAGGAAUCAUUUACACCCAUGGAGACAGGAGUGAUCGGUGUGAGAAGAGCCCUGAGAAUAGGUAUUUUACACAGAGCUGUGUCUAUUUCCUCCCCAAGAAGAACCUCAGCCUCUCUGAUGCUGGGACUUACUACUGUGCUGUGGCCUCAUGUGGGGAGAUACUGUUUGGGAACGGGACCAAGCUGGACAUUCAAGCGUUCAUGAAUACAAUAUGA